AUGGCCACACUUGAUAACCCUUCAAUCUCAGUUUCUAAAAUAGCCAUAAUAGGAGCUGGUGUGAGCGGCAUAGCCGCGACCAAACAGCUAUCUCAUCACAACCCUAUUGUUUUUGAGGCCUCUGAUUCCAUCGGUGGGGUGUGGAGCCAUUGCUCCUACAACUCCACCAAGCUUCAGUCACACAGACGAGACUAUGAGUUCAGUGAUUUCCCUUGGCCCCAAAGAGACAAUUCAGAUUUCCCUACCCAUGUGGAGAUUUUGGAGUAUUUGCAGUCCUAUGCUCACCACUUUGACCUGGUUAAGAACAUCAGGUUCAACUCCGAGGUGGUCGAAAUUCUGUAUGUUGGGGGGGACCAUGAUGUUUCUUCCAGUUUUGGAGACCUACCUACUACUCAUCAUGGAACCCCUCUCCCUGGUUACCCUCUUUGGCAACUUGCUGUCAAAACCAAUCAUUCACACACCAUUCAGUGGUAUGCGUUUGAGUUUGUAGUAGUUUGCACUGGAAAAUAUGGUGACAUAGCAAAGAUUCCAGAAUUUGCAUGCAAUAAAGGUCCCGAAGUGUUCAAGGGUAGGAUCAUGCACACUCUUGAUUACUGUAAACUUGACGAAGAUGGUGCUACUAAGCUUCUCAAAGGAAAGAAGGUUGUGGUCGUUGGCUUCAAAAAAUCUGCUAUUGAUUUGGCCAUGGAGUGUGCAAAGGCAAACCAAGGAGGUGAGGGAGAAGCAUGCACCAUGAUAGUGAGGACUCCACAUUGGAUAGUUCCCCAUUAUUGGAUUUGGGGAUUGCCAUUUUCAAUAUUCUACUCAACAAGAUUUUCUCAGUUCCUUCACCAAAGACCUAAUCAAGGUUUACUAAAAGCCCUUCUGUGCCUCCUUCUAUCUCCCUUGAGAAGAGGAGUUUCCAAGUUUAUUGAGUCGUACCUGCUGUGGAAACUUCCAUUGCAGAAGUAUGGACUAAGACCAGAGCACCCCUUUGAGGAGGACUAUGCCUCUUGUCAAAUGGCCAUUGUGCCAGAAAAUUUCUUCUCUGAAGCUGAUAAGGGAAAAAUUAUCUUCAAAAGAGCAUCAAAUUGGUCCUUCUGGAGUGGUGGAAUUCAAACUGAAGACAACUCUAAACUUGAGGCCGAUGUUGUUCUUCUUGCUACAGGUUUUGAUGGAAAGAAAAAGCUCAAGAGAAUCUUACCACAUCCUUUUCGUAACUUCUUAGAUCACCCAUUUGGGGUUAUUCCCUUAUAUAGGGGAACCAUUCAUCCAUUAAUUCCAAACAUGGCCUUUGUGGGUUAUAUUGAGAGUGUUUCAAAUCUUGCGAGUUCUGAGAUACGUUCGAUGUGGUUGUCUGCAUUAGUGGAUAAGAAAUUUGAGGUCCCUGGUGUUGAGAAGAUGCUUUCAGACACAGUUGAGGAGAUGAAUGUGAUGAAAAGGUCAAGCAGGUUUUAUAAAAGGCAUUGCAUUUCAACAUAUAGCAUCAACCAUUGUGAUGAAAUGUGUAAAGAUAUUGGGUGGAGUUCCUGGAGGAAGAAGAGUUGGAUCAGAGAGGCUUUCAGUCCUUAUACCAGUCAGGACUAUAGAAAACAAAACUAA